AUGGCUGUGGAAGCUGAGAAAUCUGGGCCUGAUGGGAAGCUGUGGAGUCUAUUCAAAAAUCCAUUUGGGCAGUCGAGAAAUGCCUCUUCCUCUUCUUCUUCUUCGUCGUCUUCGACCUUGUCUUCUAUGCACAAUGUUCACCAGCUGGGUCAGACUCACGAGUCUGUGGAGCGUGCGGCUCUUCAUUCUGCCAGUACGGUGUCGUAUGUGACCAAGUCUUUGCUUCCUGCUAGGAGGAGGCUCCGUCUUGAUCCUGCUAAUAAGCUCUUUUUUCCAUAUGAACCUGGUAAGCAGGUCAAGAGUGCCAUUGGAAUUAAAAACACAAGCAAGUCUCAUGUAGCUUUCAAGUUCCAAACAACUGCACCAAAGAGUUGUUACAUGCGUCCUCCGGGGGGAAUACUUGCUCCAGGUGAAAGUCUUAUUGCAACUGUCUUCAAGUUUGUGGAACCCCCGGAGACCAAUGAAAAACUAGUAGACCAGAAGAGCAGGGUUAAGUUCAAGAUCAUGAGCUUGAAAGUGAAAGGAGAUAUGGACUACGUACCAGAACUGUUUGAUGAGCAGAAGGACCAAGUCGUGGUUGAGCAGGUUUUGCGUGUUGUUUUCCUGGAUCCUGAACGCCCUACCCUUGCGAUGGAAAAACUUAAGCGGCAAUUGGCUGAGGCUGAGGCUGCCCUCGAAGCACGAAAGAAGCCUCCAGAAGACACAGGCCCCCGGAUUGUAGGGGAAGGACUUGUCAUAGAUGAAUGGAAAGAGCGCAGGGAAAGGUACCUAGCCCAGCAGCAGGUUGAAGGGGUUGAUUCAGUGUAG